AUGCAUUUGCCGUCUGUCACAGCGACGGAGCAACGAAAGCAAUUCUAUUAAGGCUACAUAACCUUUUCGAGGAAAUAAAAAAAAUCCCUUUUUAUUUCUCUCAUUCUUCUAUCUUCUCUUUCUCUCUCUAAAAAUUGAUGCAGCACUCGUAGAGACCAGAUCUGCGAGAGAAGCGAAAACCCUCAUUUCCUCUCUCCUCGGGGCUCCUGAUCUGCGAGUCUCUCUCUCUGUGCUGAUCGUUGCAGAUGCUGUAGUGAAUCCCUGUAAACGCCUCCUUUUGGUGGUCAGAUCUGUGGUGCGGAGGUUCGAGAUUGUUUGAUUGAGGAGCAAGAUGUUGACGAAGUUCGAGACAAAGAGUAAUAGGGUGAAGGGACUGAGUUUCCACAGUAAGAGGCCGUGGAUCCUCGCGAGUCUUCACAGCGGUGUGAUCCAGCUAUGGGAUUACCGAAUGGGGACUCUUAUCGACAGGUUCGAUGAGCACGAUGGACCCGUGCGCGGUGUUCAUUUCCACAAAUCUCAGCCGCUAUUUGUCUCUGGAGGAGAUGAUUACAAGAUCAAAGUUUGGAAUUACAAGAUGCAUAGGUGUCUAUUUACCCUUCUUGGACAUCUAGAUUACAUCCGCACUGUGCAGUUUCACCACGAAUACCCUUGGAUUGUGAGCGCCAGUGAUGACCAGACCAUUCGCAUAUGGAACUGGCAAUCACGGACAUGCAUUUCUGUGUUGACUGGCCACAAUCAUUAUGUAAUGUGUGCCUCAUUCCAUCCCAAAGAAGAUCUUGUUGUGUCUGCUUCCUUAGAUCAGACAGUUCGUGUUUGGGAUAUUGGUGCCCUGAGGAAGAAGACGGUGUCCCCUGCAGAUGACAUGCUGCGGCUGACUCAGAUGAACACAGAUCUUUUUGGUGGCGUUGAUGCAGUAGUUAAGUAUGUCUUAGAAGGUCAUGAUCGUGGAGUCAACUGGGCAGCCUUUCAUCCCACUUUGCCUCUUAUAGUCUCAGGAGCAGACGAUCGCCAAGUGAAACUCUGGCGUAUGAAUGAAACAAAGGCUUGGGAAGUGGACACUUUGAGGGGGCACAUGAAUAACGUGUCGUGCGUUAUGUUCCAUGCCAAACAGGACAUUAUUGUUUCUAAUUCAGAGGACAAGAGUAUUCGCGUGUGGGACGUAACCAAGCGCACUGGUGUUCAAACUUUUCGUCGAGAGCAUGAUCGAUUCUGGAUCCUUGCAUCACACCCUGAGAUGAAUCUGCUCGCUGCUGGUCAUGAUAGUGGCAUGAUUGUCUUUAAAUUGGAGAGAGAACGACCUGCCUUUUCUGUGAGUGGUGAUUCUAUGUUUUAUGCCAAAGAUCGCUUUUUGAAGUUUUAUGAGUUUUCAACUCAAAGAGAGACACAAGUGAUUCCAAUUCGAAGGCCUGGAUCCACCAGCCUAAAUCAAGGUCCAAGGACCCUUUCAUACAGUCCUACUGAAAAUGCUGUUCUUAUCUGUUCUGACGUCGAUGGUGGAACUUAUGAACUCUAUGUUGUGCCUAGAGACAGCAUUGGUAGGGGUGAUUCUGGGCAAGAGGCGAAAAGAGGUCCUGGAGGUUCUGCUGUUUUCAUUGCCCGUAAUAGGUUUGCUGUGCUUGACAAAAGCAACAACCAAGUAUUAGUCAAGAACCUUAAAAAUGAGAUUGUGAAGAAGAGUGGUCUUCCUAUUGCUGCUGAUGCAAUAUUCUAUGCGGGAACGGGUAAUUUGCUGUGUCGGGCAGAGGAUAGGGUAGUUAUAUUUGAUCUUCAGCAGAGGAUUGUACUUGGUGAUCUCCAAACUCCUUUUGUCAAGUAUGUUGUUUGGUCAAACGACAUGGAGAGUGUUGCCUUGCUCAACAAACAUGCUAUUAUUAUUGCUAGCAAGAAACUUGUGCAUCAAUGCACGCUUCAUGAGACGAUCCGCGUCAAGAGUGGAGCUUGGGAUGACAAUGGGGUUUUCAUCUACACUACACUUAACCACAUCAAGUAUUGCCUUCCCAAUGGGGAUGGAGGGAUCAUAAAAACCCUUGAUGUCCCAAUAUAUAUUACAAAAGUUAGUGGAAACAAAAUAUUCUGCUUGGAUCGAGAUGGAAAGAACAGGGCUAUAGUCAUUGAUUCAACAGAAUAUAUUUUUAAGCUGUCUUUAAUGAAGAAGAAGUAUGAUCAUGUUAUGAGCAUGAUCAGGAACUCACAGCUUUGUGGGCAGGCAAUGAUUGCAUACUUGCAACAAAAGGGUUUCCCAGAAGUUGCGCUUCAUUUUGUGAAAGACGAGAGAACAAGGUUUAAUUUGGCGCUUGAGAGUGGCAAUAUCCAAAUUGCAGUUGCUUCAGCAAAGGAAAUUGAUGAAAAAGAUUACUGGUAUAGAUUGGGGGUGGAGGCCCUUCGCCAAGGCAAUGCAGGUAUUGUGGAAUAUGCCUACCAGCGGACAAAAAAUUUUGAGAGGCUUUCUUUUCUGUAUCUCAUAACGGGGAAUGUUGAGAAACUGUCCAAAAUGCUGAAAAUUGCUGAAGUAAAGAACGAUGUUAUGGGGCAGUUUCAUAAUGCCCUAUAUUUGGGCGAUGUCAAAGAGCGUGUUAAGAUUUUGGAGAGUUCCGGCCAUUUGUCGCUUGCUUACAUUACUGCUUCAGUGCAUGGGCUACAGGAUGCUUCUGAACGUUUAGCCGAUGAGUUGGGGGAUAAUGUUCCCACUUUGCCAGAGGGGAAAGUGCCAUAUCUGCUGAUGCCCCCAAUGCCCAUUAUGUCUGGUGGAGAUUGGCCCCUUUUGAGAGUCAUGAAAGGUAUAUUUGAGGGUGGUCUGGAUAACAUUGGCAGGGGUGCCACUGAAGAAGACGAAGAGGCUGUUGAUGGCGAUUGGGGUGAAGAACUGGAUAUGGUUGAUGUGGAUGGUUUACCGAAUGGAGAAAUUGGAGUGGCUUUGGAGGAUGAGGAAGUGGCUGAAGAAAAUGAUGGAGGAGGAUGGGACCUUGAGGAUUUGGGGCUUCCCCCUGAGGCUGAUACUCCAAGGGCUUCUGUUAAUGCGCACACUUCUGUUUUUGUGGCACCAACUCCUGGCAUGCCUGUAAGCCAGAUUUGGAUCCAGAGAUCAUCCAUUCCUGCUGAACAUGCUGCAGCUGGUAAUUUUGAUACUGCGAUGCGAUUGCUGGGCCGACAACUGGGGAUUAAGAAUUUUGCUCCCUUGAGGCCAAUGUUUCUUGAUCUUCACUCUGGCAGCCAUACCUAUCUUCGUGCAUUUUCAUCUGCUCCAGUAAUGUCAUUGGCAGUUGAACGGGGAUGGAAUGAGUCUGCUAGCCCUAAUGUACGGGGCCCGCCUGCACUAGUAUUUAAUUUUUCUCAGUUAGAAGAAAAGCUUAAGGCUGGCUACAAGGCCACAACAGCAGGGAAAUUUACUGAGGCCCUUCGAAUCUUUCUCAGUAUCCUCCACACCAUUCCUUUGAUUGUGGUUGAUUCAAGAAGGGAGGUUGAUGAAGUUAAGGAAUUGAUUGUUAUAGUUAAAGAAUAUGUUUUGGGUCUGCAAAUGGAGCUUAAGAGGAGGGAAAUAAAGGACAAUCCAUUGCGCCAGCAAGAACUUGCGGCCUAUUUUACCCACUGUAACCUCCAACUGCCUCACUUGAGGCUAGCAUUGUUAAAUGCAAUGACUGUUUGCUACAAAGCAAAGAACCUUGCUACAGCUGCUAAUUUUGCUAGAAGACUCCUUGAAACUAACCCCACGAUUGAAAAUCAAGCAAAGACAGCCAGGCAAGUGCUGCAGGCAGCUGAGAGGAACAUGAAUGAUGUCUUGCAGCUGAACUAUGAUUUCAGAAAUCCAUUUGUUGUUUGUGGGGCGACAUAUGUGCCGAUAUACCGAGGACAGAAGGAUGUCUCAUGUCCAUACUGUAGUUCCCGGUUUGUUCCGAGCCAGGAAGGGAAGCUCUGUACUGUUUGUGAUCUUUCGGUUGUUGGGUCAGAUGCUUCGGGAUUGCUAUGUUCCCCAUCCCAAGUAAGAUGAUCAAGCUGCUGAGCAAGGGGCAUUUUAAAACUCAAAUCCUUCUGGCAGUGGAGCUAGUCUUGAUGAUUCAUUCAUCCCUGCAGGCGAAGGUAAGAUACAUGAAAGAAGUUUCCAAUGAAUUGUUUCUGUCAUUUGGCUUCCUUUACCCCUGCUGUUUUAUUUAGUUGAUUAUGAUUUUCAAGGUAAUAAACAACCUAAGAAUUUUGACAGGCUAUUCUUGUUAGUUGUUCAUAUACAAGAAUGGCCAAGGGCCUUGUUAAAUUAGCUGAUGGUCAUAGGUGAGAUAGAAUACGUGUCAAUGUAUGCAAUGCCAUUUGGUUUGCUUGCAUCUGUAAUGAGUUCAGGGUUUCUAUUGCUUGGCAGUGAAGGACGAUUUUCCUUUUUCAUUA